UGAGAUGCCGCCACAGAAGAAGCACUGGGAGUCCAUGGCCAAGGGGCUGGUGCUGGGCGCACUCUUCACCAGCUUUCUACUGCUGCUGUACUCCUACGCCGUGCCCCCGCUGCACGCUGGCCUGGCCACCACCAGGACUCCCGAGGCCGCAGCACCCUGCUCUCCAACCCUGGACGAGCCCCCGGCGGUGGUGACUCCAGCCAACGGCUCAGCAGGCGGGUGCCAGCCAGGGCGAAACAUCGUGUUCAUGAAGACGCACAAGACAGCCAGCAGCACCCUGCUCAACAUCCUGUUCCGCUUCGGUCAGAAGCAUGGGCUCAAGUUCGCCUUCCCCAAUGGCCGCAAUGACUUCGACUACCCAGCCUUCUUCAGCCGAAGCCUGGUGCAGGACUACCAGCCCGGCGCCUGCUUCAACAUUAUCUGUAACCACAUGCGCUUCCACUACGAGGAGGUGCGUGGCCUGGUGCCGCCCAACUCCACCUUCAUCACAGUGCUCCGCGACCCCGCCCGCCUCUUUGAGUCCUCCUUUCACUACUUCGGGCCGGUGGUGCCCCUCACGUGGAAGCUCUCGGGCCGCGACAAGCUGGCCGAGUUCCUGCAGGACCCGGACCGCUACUACGACCCCAGUGGUUACAACGCCCACUACCUCCGCAACCUGCUCUUCUUUGACCUGGGCUACGACAGCGGCCUGGACCCCGGCAGCCCGCGUGUGCAGGAGCACAUUCUGGAGGUGGAGCGGCGCUUCCACCUGGUGCUCUUGCAGGAGUACUUCGACGAGUCGCUGGUGCUGCUCAAGGACUUGCUGUGCUGGGAGCUGGAGGACGUGGUCUACUUCAAGCUCAAUGCGCGGCGCGACUCGGCCGUGCCGCGCCUCUCCGGGGAGCUGUACCGGCGCGCCACGGCCUGGAACAUGCUGGACGCCCGCCUCUACCGCCACUUCAACGCCAGCUUCUGGCGCAAGGUGGAGGCCUUCGGACGGGAGCGCAUGGCCCGCGAGGUGGCCGCCCUGAGGCGGGCCAACGAGCGCAUGCGGCACAUCUGCAUCGAUGGCGGCCGGGCUGUGGACGCCGCCGCCAUUCAGGACUCAGCCAUGCAGCCCUGGCAGCCGCUGGGCGCCAAAUCCAUCCUGGGCUACAACCUCAAGAAGAGCAUCGGGCAGCGCCACGAGCAGCUCUGCCGCCGCAUGCUGACGCCUGAGAUUCAGUACCUGAUGGACCUCGGUGUAAACCUGUGGGUCACCAAACUUUGGAAGCUCAUUCGGGACUUCCUGCGGUGGUGACAUCCCGCCUGCCCAAGGGGCCCUGCCCUGCCGCUCGCUGAGGAGGGGCUGGACAGGGACCCUCUGGGCUGGCUCCCUGGGUCCCCCCUGGUGCCCCCCGGUCCCCGGGGUGAGGUGGGGAUGCCGCGGGGACACAGCAGGCCAGGACCAGGCCCAAGGCACACUGAGAGGUCUAACCGAGAUCAGUAUUUGACUAAUUGUACCCUUUUUUUAUUAAACCCUCCAAAGAGCAAAUGUUCUAUUUCCUGCCUCCCCUUAAAGGGGAGA